AGAGCAAGAGCUCGUGAGGCACCAUGAAAAUGGCUCUUGUGGAGAACGUGUUUCUGCCCACCAACCUCACCUCCAGCAACCAGAGCAGCUGCAAUGUGCACAAUCACCACUUCUCAACCAAAGUCACCUUCUCCCUUUUCUACAUUAUCCUGCUGGUGUUCGGUGCCUGUGGGAAUGUCCUGGCCCUCUGUAUCACCUUCCAGCGCAGGAAGAAGAAACUGAACUCCACUGACCUCUAUCUGGUGAACCUGGCCCUCUCCGAUGCCCUCUUCACCCUGGCACUGCCCGGCAGGAUCGCCUACUACAUCCUGGAGUCUGACUGGCCCUUUGGGGACUGGUUCUGUCGGAUUACAGCUUUCAUUUUCUACAUGAACACCUACGUGAGCAUCUACUUCAUGACCUGUGUGAGCGUGGACCGCUACGUUGCCGUGGUGCGCACCAGGCACCCUGGCAGGAUUCGGAAGAUGAGCCGUGCCAGGGGCAUCUGUGUCCUCGUCUGGUCCUUGGUGUUCCUGCAGACGGCUCCGCUGCUCCUGCGGCCCAUGACACGAAGGAUGGGAGACAAGCUGACAUGCAUGGAGUACUUCAACUUCGAGGAGAUUCCCAAUCUGCCCUACCUGCUCCUGGUGGCCUGCAUGCUUGGCUUCUUCCUGCCUGUGGGCAUCAUCUUGGUGUGCUAUGUGAGGAUCAACCUCAAGCUCUGCCAGACAGCCAAGGAGAACCCGCUGACAGUGAGGAAUGGGCACCACCACAGGGCCUUCACUGUCAUCCUGGUGGUUCUGCUGGCUGUCCUGCUCUGCUUCAGUCCCUACCACCUCAACAUUGUCCAAUUCAUGGUCAGGAAGAUUCUCUACCAGCCAUCCUGCCGUGAGCAGCAAGCCUUCAAGAUGUCCCUGCAAGUCACUGUGGCAUUCAUGAACCUCAACUGCUGCAUCGAUCCCAUCAUCUACUUCUUCGCCUUCCGGGGCUACAAGCGGAGGCUGCUCCGCAUCUUCAGGAACAGCGGCUCCCUGGCCACCUCCUCCACUGCCAAGACCCCAUCGGAGAGCAACAGCAACAGCCAGCCACCGGGCUCCAGCUCCGUCUAGCAGCACUAGCCCCUCCCUUUUGCCCUGGCCUGUGACUUAUGGACCAUCCUUGAUGGCAGGAGGUGGAGUUGAGCUGCAGGACCAGCACCUUCAACAGGCUCCAUCGCUUCCCUGCCUGGAGCCAGGGGCUCUCUCAAAGCCAACCCAUCCGGGACAAAGCCCUGCCUGGCUCUGCAUGCCUGGCUCUGUGCUCAGCGCUGCUGCACCUGCCAGCCUGGAGCACGGAGAGGCACCUUUUCAUCCCAGCCCCAGAGGAGGCAGCUCCUGCAGCUGCUCUGUCUGGCAAACCCAGCUGAAGGUUUCCCAGUGCUGCACUGCACCUCUCUCCUGUGCCUGUCCGCACCCCCUGUGGGGCUGAGGUGUGCUGGUAACCACCAUGGAUGUCCCUCUGUCCCCUUCCCCUGCACUGCCCCUGGAGCAGUACAGCAGCAUCCCUGCAGGCUUCAGGGCGGACAGCACGGAGGAGAUGAACUCAGGGCGCUCCAGGAAAAGUCUGGGAUGUUAUUUGCUUGUAGAAGAUGGCCUGUAGUUCCUUCUCCACACUGACAAUCAGCAGCACUGUUGUCUGCCUGCCCAGCAUCCCGCUCCUGCACCAGGGCUCUGCAUGGGGCAAGCAGUAAGUGUGGGGUAUGUGGGAGAUGCUGGAAAAGUCCUCUCCUAAGGAAGAGGUGUGAGGAUGUGAAUUUUUAGAGCUCCUGGAUGUGCUGCUGCCUACAUUCAUCAUUUGGUCGACUGCUUCUUCUCCAGGGGGCCCUUCAUCACACCUGACCAUACUGUGGUCACCCUGGGACCCACUGAUAGGAAGGGGAUCAUAGGGAUGGCCUGGAUCCCAGCCCAGCUCUAAGGCUGCAAACCAGCCCUGGAUGUACUCAUGGGACAAACCUUCCCAUUACUCCUUAAUUUGAAGGGAGUAGAGAAAUAGGGACAAGAAAUGAGGGUGGCCUUUUGUGACCUUGACCGACCUUGAAGCUGGUGCCCUGAGGAAUCUGAGAGCCCUGCUAAGGGAGGUUGCUUGUGAUUAUUGCCACAGCAAGAGAAGGAGCCCUGGGACAUCAGGAUCCUGCUGAGGUUUGUGCCUCUCAGAUGAGGCAAACGUUGGCAGAAGCCUCCUCAGCUCUUUGCUGAAAUCACUAGACUAUGAUAAAAGAAACCACACAGAGGAUUUCACUGUUCCUGGCAUGUCUAGCCUUUUGUUUGAAGUUGGAAGGGACAGACACACACAGAGACCUGAAAAGGAAAAAACCUGCUUAUAAGGAAAGUAUACCUGAAAAGUUUUCAUGAACAGACAGUUUUGAUUAAUACAAAUAAUUCUUUAAGGUUAUAACCUUUUUUUAUGCCUAGAAAGUUAGUAAUAGUCACAUACAGCCCUUUAUUAUUUUAAAUGCACAUGAACAAGCUUUUGGACAGUCAUGGUUUUACUUAUAGGUAUGGGUCUGAAGGCUGAAGGUAUGCUGAAGGCUGACAAAGAGGGAUGUCUAAAAUAACUCAGGUGGGAAACUGACUCCAGUAGGUCUUUUCUGGAGGCUGAGCCCUCCUCAAAGCAGGUUCAACCUUAGUGCUGACCUGCAGAGGGCCUUUGUCCUGCAAAGCAUAUUACAAUGGACAAGAAAGAGCUGGGAGGAUAUCAGUGCUCUGAACACCCUUGAAGGAGUCUGGCUAGGUUGGUAGUUGCUGUACAGUUACAUUGCCCUAUUAAUAUGUCUGGGAAGUGAUGGCUGGAAGGGAAUCUCUGCAUCACCUCACCCAACAGGCCACCCAAAGCAGGACCAUGCUGGCACAAUGUCAGGUUGGACAUGGCUUCAGACAUGUCAUGUUCAGACAUGGACAUAUCAUGCAAACAAGGCUUAGAAACUUCAGGCAAGGUGGGUCCCCUUGCUGAGGUGACAGUUCCCACUCUGCAUUGCCCUCUGGAUAAAAACAUUUUUCCCACUGUCAUGUCUGAACCUCCCCACCCACAGGUGGUGGCUGUUGCCCCUAACAUCACCUACUCAUGCUAUGAAGAGCUUGGCUCUGCCAUCUUUGUAACUCAAAUUCUGCAGGACUGUGUUGGGGAUUGCCAGUGGUUCGUAGCUAUUGGUUUCCAUGUGAGCACCAGAGCAGGGGUCUGCAGCAAUGGCCAACUCCUUCUCAAGAUCAAGACAUUGAGAUGUUUUGCCAAGCUGCAGUCCACAGCUGAGAAAAAGCCAAUCUAUGACCAAGCCUUCUCAGGAAAAGGUGGAGUAUAAACAUAAUCAUUUGCUCCUUAUUGGAGUCUUUUUUUCUCAGAAGUACUUUAUUAAGAAAGGUACCUCCACCUCUUGCCACCAGUAGGAGCCUUUGGAGUAGGAAAUAUCUGAAGAGUUGGGUAUAGUGCUGCAAAAUGCAGGAGUGAUCUGGCCUUUCUCCUCUGGAUGGAUACCUGCCUCGGCUACUUUGCUUUUGAAAGUACCAGUCUGGGGACAGCAGGCAAUUAGCUGGAGCUGAGGGAACAUCCACAAGACGGAGAAGGAAGGGACUUGGGCAGAGUGGUCAAGAGGAAUCAGGGCAAAGGAGAACUCUAAAGAACCCUCUCUUGCCCAAAUUAGCUUGCCCAGCUGCAGGUGAUCCCUGUCUGCUUGAAAAAGGAGCAUUUCUCUAAAACUGAAGAGAAAACACAGACAGCAUUUUGUCUAGAGGAACAGUUUUCUUACACUUUGCCAUUCACCUGUUCAGUCCAAGCUCCUCGCAUGAUUCUAGCCCAGCAGCUACCGCCCGCUGCCACGCUUUGACCCCUUGGAAUCACAAAAACACAGAAGCACAGAAUCGUUUAGGUCAGAAAAUACCUCUGAAACAACUGGGACCAGCCAUUAACCCAGCACUGCCAAAGCCACCACUAAACCAUGUCCACAAGCGCAGCACCUGUCUGUCUUCUCAAGACUGCUCCACCGGCUCCGCCCGGCCGCGGCUCCUGCCCUGCCCGCGGCUCCGCAGCCCCGGCUGGGGUACCCGAGGCGGAGGGAGCCCCGGGGCGCACUGCCAGCCCCCGGGAUGGUGCCUCCGGGCCUCCGCCAAAAGAGGGAGUCGGAACCUCUGCUCGGUGUUAAAAAUACGCCCACGAUUUUAAGAAGCCGGUGCCAGAUGGGGCUGUGCUUCCCCCACGCGUCUGCUGCCGCGUAGGAAUGUGGCGCCUUUCGCAAGCCGGGUGGUGGCGGUGAAUGGGAAGCACAGGACAGCACACUGGGAUGGAAGGUGCUCUGUGCAGCACUGUAACUGCACAGUAUGCAGGUAAUUCUUGCUUUUCUGCAGCCUAUUGGUGCUGUACUGUCUUCUAAGAGAAGAUUGCACUUUUGUCUGAGGGCAGAGAGUACACUUUGUGGACACACAACCAUAGGUAGUACAUGCAGAGAUAUAGGAUAUAGUAUAUACUGUCUGCAAAUGAAGAAUAUCCUGGGCUGCGUCAAAAGUAGCAUGACCAGCAGGUCAAGGGAGAUGAUUUUGUCCCUAUAUUCAACUUCAGUGCAAUCCCACCUGGAACACUGCAUCUCGGGUCUCCAGUGCAGGAAUAACAUGGACCUGUUGGAGGAAGUCCAGAAGAGGGCCACUGAGAUACUCCAGGUUGUGGAGCACCUUUCCUCUGAAGACAGGAUGAGAGCUUUGGGAUUGUUCAGCCUGGAGAAGGAUCCUGGGACACCUUAGAGCACUGAAAAUCUAGGUACCUGAAGCCUCCAGGGCAGCUGGAGGGGGACUUUUGACAAGGGCCUAUUUUGACAAGAGCCUGUAGUGACAGAGGGGGAAUGUCUUCAAACUGAAAGAAGGCAGGUUUAGAUGAGAUAUUAAGACAAAGUUCUUUACAUGAGGGUGGUGAGACACUGGAACAGGUUGCCAAGAGAAGCUGUGGAUGACCCAUCCCUGGAAGUGUUCAAGGGCUGGGUUUCAUGGAACUUUGAGCAACCUGGUCUAGUGAAAGGUGUCCCUGCCCUUGGCAGGGGGGCUGGGGAGAACUCAAACAGAACAGCUUUCUUCCCUUAGCAGUGGUUCCCAACUUACACACCUCUUCAGUCUGUGCUUCAAAUUGCUCUGAGCUGAAACUAUUGCAUGUCAUACACAAUAUUUGUAAGCCAUCUUUGUAAGCCAGUAAAAUAUUGUGAUGUAACAACGCACAUAUCUACUAAAAAUAAAAGCUUCUCAUGGCCGAAUAACAAGCCCCACUGUGAUCGAUCAGGCCAGAAGAUGUGGGCAUCCAUUUUCU